UAUAUGUAUGUAUAUAUAUAUAUAUAUAUAUGGCAGUGAUAAAGGGGGCUGUGUCCCGACAUUGUAUCGAUUGAGAUAUCAAACACCUCUCUGCAUCGGAAGUGUGAUCGUGCUUACUGACUGGUACUGAAUCGAAGGAUGUGAUUUUCUCUUCGUCUUCGAAUACCGGAAAUUUCAGAAACUACUACUCCAAUGACAAAAGGAGAUGGUGUCCCAUUUGAUCCGCCUAUGGGGAGUGCUCCUACUAGUGACCUACCAGGGGAUACAUCAUUCCUAUUGGCUUGAUGGGAAGAACUAUCUACAAUGGGCACAACUUGUGCGGACGUUUUUGAAGGGACGAGGGAAGAUAACCCAUUCAACUGAGCCGGUUCCAAGUGUUAAAGAUCCAGGUUUUUCUGCAUGGGAAGUUGAGGACUCUAUGAUAAUGUCUUGGCUUUGGAGUUCGAUGCAACCCGAGACAAAAUGGGUGACAGUCAUCAAAGAAUUUCAGUACAUACCGGAAUGGCUGAUAUAGUCAGUGGCCUCCCUAGAAACAUAGUAAACAACAUUCUGGAGCGCAUGCCAGUCCGAGAUGCAGCAAGAACAAGCAUCUUGUCAAGAAAGUGGAGAUAUAUUUGGUCCUCACACCCACAUGUCGUGCUUCAUAAGGACUUCUUCGAACAUAAUUUCAUCAGAAACAAACCACCACCCUUCUCCGCAGACGAGUUUGUAUAUGCCAUCGAAAAAAUCUUGCUGCUUCACAAUGGCCCCAUUCUGAAAUUUUUUUUCUACAUUCCAAAUUUUCUUUAUGAUUGGGGCAGGCAUGUCGACCAGUGGCUACUAUUCUUGUCAAGGAAUGGUAUUAAGGAACUCAAGCUGGAUAAUUGGAGUCCCAAUCCCUAUAAGUUGCCUUCUUAUGUUUUCUUUUGUCCAGAAUUAACAUAUUUAAAGCUCCGUAGCUGUAUAUUUAAACCGCCAGAUUCAUUUGGUGGGUUUGGGAAGCUCGUAACGCUUCACUUUGAUAGCAUUGCAUUUACAGAUGACAUAUUCAGAACUCCUCUCCCUACUGCACCGCUGCUUGAAUCUUUGAAAUUCUUGAGGUGCUCUGGCAUUGAACACUUUCGUAUCCAUGCUCCAAGACUCCAAACCUUGAAUGCCAUUUCAUCUUCCAAUGUUAAAUCACUCUGCUCCCAAGGCUCCCCAAACCUGGCCAUAUUAUCUAUUGUACUGGGAAAGAUGGCUAACAGUCCAGUGCAAGUGCAAACAAUCAACUUGAGCGAUUAUCUUGGUGAUUGGCCUAGAAUUUCGACUCUUUGCUUUGAUGGAUUUUUCCUUAAGCUUGCUGGUCCAGGUGUAGUCUCAAGGGGGCUAUCCGUGACAUUGAACCACUUGCGGGAUCUUGUGUUGUACGAGAUAAGAUUUGAAGAUUCAGAUCAGAUGUCAUGCGCAUUUCGUUUGCUCAAAAGUUGUCCUAACUUGCACACACUGUGUGUAGUGGCUGCUGAAGUUGGGCGCGAUGUCUUGGAACCAGAUACAAGUUAUUGGGAUGCACCUGGCCUCAUGAACCAGACGUUGAACCAACUUCAGUAUGUGAAUGUAUAUGUAGCAAGUGGAUUGAUGGCUGAAUUCCUUUUCACUAAAUUUAUACUCGCCAGUUCGCCAUUGCUUCAGAGGAUGCGUGUUCAGUUCAGUCCAAGUCUUGCUGCGUACAAGAGGCGUAGGAUCUCAAAUGAAUUGAACCUGCCUGCCACUUUUCAGGCAUCACCAAAUGCGAGAGUGGAGUACGCUAACUGGGUCCCCAGGAUAGCCCCCUUUUAAGGAAGACCUUAGUUCGGGCAACCUGAUCGUUGCGACCAUCUCUUACCUUCUUUCGAAGCCUUUAUUUUGGUAAAUUUCUGACUGUAGGUGAGCUGCAUUUUGAAGUUAAAGCUCAUAUUUUGUUGCUUUGCUUUCUCUUAUUUGGGUUUGCUGGUGUGUUCUUUGAAUUGGAUGAUUGAUAUAUUUGCUUUAAAACUGAAUGGUUCUGUCCCUAUGGUUUUAAUUUUUGACUCCCAUAAUCUAUGACAUCUAAUGCAUGAAUGUUGU